GAUGAGUUCUAUUAUUCUGUUGAAAGACUGGCCAUUUUGUACAAUCUCUGAUAAUGUUAGGGGUCAAAAAUCCUGUUCGGGAUCAAAAGUCCGAAUUCGGGUUCGGGAUUCGACUUUUUCAAAAUCUGAGCUCGGAUUCGUAAUCAGCAUAUUUUUUUACCCUAGAAAAAUCCUUUUUCUUAUUUUUAAACUUUUUUUUCGCAGGGACCCCAAUUCUCCGGGAUUGCCCAAGAUUCUAAAGGAAAGGAAGAAGUGA